AUGAAAUUGGUAGCAAGGGGGCAGAAGCAAGGUCUCGAUGAUGUAAAAGAUAGGCCAAAAGAAGUGGUAGAUAUAGAUUUGGAUGCAGACAGAGGUGGGGAGGUUGAUGAUGAUUUGGAUGAAGCCUCUCUGGAAGCUGAUAAUAGAAUUAGAAAGGAAUUGGCAGUAUGUUUUCAAGAGAAAGAAAAAGUUAGUUUAGUUCUAGUUGAUGUUUUUCUGAUAGCUUUAAGUAGCAUUAAAAUGAAAAUGGAUAGGAAUUUCUCUGCUUUGCAUAAGGAGAUUGAAGAGAGGGAUUUGCUAUACAUGGCUUGGCCAAAACUUGAAGAAUUUGUUAGUGUAUGUGAUGAGGUGGGGUCAAGGGCUGUUACACUGAGAUUAGCAGAUAAUAGGGGAUGGGAUGCUGCACUGCAAAUAGUAGAUUAUAAUGAUAAAAUGAUAGAAAAGUACAAGGAUUGCAUAUCUUUAUUUUGCCAGACAAGGCCUGUUUUACAUUUAUAUAACUGGGGCUAUAGAGAAAGAAGAGAAGAUCGUCCUUUUGGAACACAUUGUGUCGAAUUGUCUCUACUCGAACCCACAAACCAAAGAGCCAAGAUUGACUACACUUGGGUUGGACCUAUAAAAAGUGUUUUUAGGAAGUCAAAUUUCAGUUGUAGGAAGAAUACAAGCAUUGGUUGUUCUGGAUUAUUGGCAGCACAAGAUUUGUCUGUCACUGGUAGUUAUGGAUUGGCUAAGGAAUGA